AUGGCCAGCUGAAGCUAUUGGAACUAACAGAAGGAAAUAAACCCGAGAGCUGGGAAAGCUGAACAGAACAGGAGUCUCUUCUGGAAAACAAAGAAUUACUAAGACAACUGAAAAUGACCAGGAAGAAAACAUACUGGGUUCCCAACUCUUCUGGUGGCCUGGUGAAUCUCGGCAUGGACUUACAGGAUGACAGGGUUUCAGGACUUAGCUAUAAAACUUACCCUCUCAAGGACAGCCUCUGGAGUCAGCAGGAGAGCAAGCCCGAGGCACGGGAAGGGACAGAUGUACUCCCUUCGGGGAAGUACGACACUGCCUGGAAGAACAUGAUUCCCUUCCGUCCCAAGCCAAGGUUUCCCGCCCCCAACCCCGUGGAUGAUGCUGGCCUGUUCUCCUACCUCACAGUGUCAUGGCUCACCCCUCUCAUGAUCCAGGGAUUACGGAAUCGCUUGGAUGAGAACACCAUCCCUCCACUGUCCGUUCAUGAUGCCUCAGCCAAAAACGUCCAGAGGCUUCACCGCCUGUGGGAAGAGGAAGUCUCCAGGCGAGGGACUGAGAAGGCUUCGGUGCUCCGAGUGAUGCUGAGGUUCCAAAGAACGAGGAUUGUUCUCUCUGGGCUUGCGUGCUGCUGCUUCAUUAUCAUGAGUGUCCUCGGGCCAACGCUGAUUGUACCAAGGAUCCUAGAAUAUUCUGCAGAGCAGUCAGGGGACAUCGUCUAUGGAGUGGGACUGUGCUUCACCCUUUUCCUCUCAGAGUGUCUGAAGUCUGUGAGUUUUUGUUCAACUUGGAUCAUCAACCAGCGUACAGGCAUGAGGUUCCGUGGGGCCAUUUCCUGCUUUGCCUUUGAGAAGCUCUUACAAUUUAGGUCUCUGACACACAUCACCUCAGGAGAGGCCAUCAACUUCUUCACCAGCGACAUAAACUACCUGUUUGAGGGGGUGUACUACGGCCCCCUGCUGCUGAUAGCCGCGAUGUCACUGAUUGCCUGCACCAUCGCCACCUGCUUCAUUCUGGGACCCACCGCGCUUGUUGCCAUUUUCUGCUAUCUCCUGGUUUUCCCGGUGGAGGCGUUCAUAACCAGACUGAUUCUGAAGAUGCAGCACCACAUCUCCGAGGUCAGUGACCAGCGCAUCCGGGCCACCAGCGAGGUCCUCACGUGCAUCAAGCUGAUUAAAAUGUACACCUGGGAGAAACCAUUCGCAAAAGUAAUUGAAGACCUAAGAAGGAAGGAAAGGAAACUGAUGGAGAAGAGUGGGUUUCUCCAGAGUCUGACCACUGUCAGCUUGUUCAUCAACCCGACAGUGGCCAUGGCAGUCAUGAUCCUUAUCCACGUAUCCUUAAAAAGGAAACUCACGGCCACAUUGGCCUUUACUACAAUGGCCACCUUGAAUCUCCUUCGGCUGUCAGCGUUCAUUUUGCCCUUUGCAGCCAAAGGCCUCACGAAUUCCAAGUCUGCAUUGGAGAGGUUCAAGAAAUUUUUCCUCCAGGAAAGUCCUGUUUUCUAUGUCCAGGAAUUGCAAGACCCCAGCAAAGCUGUGGUUUUGGAGGAGGCUACCUUGUCAUGGCAACAGACCUGCCCUGGGAUGGUCAAUGGGGCAUUGGAGUUGGAGCAGAAUGGGCAUGCUUCUGAGGGGAUGACCAGGGCUCAGCCGCCUCUAGAUGCCCUCAGGCCAGAGUACAAAGAGCACAGCCUGGCCCCAGCAUUGCUCAAGAUCAACCUAGUGGUGUCAAAGGGGACGCUGGUGGGCGUCUGUGGCAACACAGGGAGUGGCAAGAGCAGCCUGUUGUCGGGCAUCCUGGGGGAGAUGCACUUGAUCGAGGGCUCGGUCGGGGUGUGCGGAACCCUGGCCUACGUCCCCCAGCAAGCCUGGAUCAUCCAGGGUAGCGUCCGGGACAACAUUCUCAUGGGAGGCCAGUAUGACAAGGCCCGGUACCUGCAGGUGCUCAGUUGCUGCUCCCUGAGUCGGGACCUGGAACUUCUGCCCUUUGGAGACAUGACGGAGAUUGGGGAGCGGGGUCUCAACCUCUCCGGGGGACAGAAGCAGAGGAUCAGCAUGGCCCGUGCUGUCUACUCGGACCGUCAGCUCUACUUGCUGGACGACCCCCUCUCAGCAGUGGACGUCCAUGUGGGGAAGCACAUCUUUGAGGAGUGCAUUAAGAAGAUACUCAAGGAGAAGACAGUUGUCCUGGUGACUCACCAGCUGCAGUAUUUAGAGCUUUGUGACCAGAUCGUUUUGCUAGAAGAUGGGAAAAUCUGUGAACAUGGAACUCACAGUGAGUUAAUGCAGAAAAAGGGUCAAUAUGCCCAACUCUUCCAGAAGAUCUACCCAGAGGAAGCAACACAGGACAUCCCGCAGGACACGGCAGAGACAGCCAAGAAGUCACAGGCAGAAGAUCAGGCUCAGGCCACCUCCCAGGAAGACUCUCUCAGCGAAAAUGCUGUGCCAGAGCAUCAGCUCACCUACGAGGAGAAGAUGGAGGAAGGUGCCCUGAGCUGGAGCGUCUAUCACCGCUACAUGCAGGCGGCGGGAGGGUACGUGGUCUCCUUCCUGGCCUUGCUUCUCUUGGUUGUGUUUAUCUGCCUCACGAUCUUCAACUUCUGGUGGCUGAGCUACUGGCUGGAGCAGGGCUCGGGGACCAACAGCAGCCAAGAGAGCAACAGGACCACUGCUGACCCAGGAGACAUCAUGGACAAUCCUCAGCUGUCCUUUUACGAAAUGGUAUAUGGCCUCAGCCUUGUGUUCCUGGUCUGCGUGGGGGUCUGCUCAUCAGGCGUUUUUACCAAGGUCACGAGAAAAGCAUCCACAGCCUUGCACAACCAGCUCUUCAGCAAGGUUUUCCGCUGCCCCAUGAGUUUCUUCGACACAACCCCAACAGGCCGACUCUUGAACUGCUUUGCGGGCGACUUGGACGAGCUGGACCAGUUCCUGCCCGUGGCUGCCGAGCAGUUCCUGCUGCUGUCUCUGCUGAUAAUCGCCAUCCUGCUGCUCAUCGUCAUGCUGUCUCCCUACGUCCUGCUGCUCACAGCCGUGGUGAUGGGUUUUUGCCUCAUUUAUUAUAAGGUGUUCAGGAGAGUCAUCAACUUGUUUAAGAGGCUGGACAGCUACAGCCGGUCUCCUGUGUUCUCCCAUAUCCUCACCUCCCUGCACGGCUUGAGCUCCAUCCACGUCUACGAAAAAACCGAAGCUUUCUUCAACCGGUUUAAACGCCUGACGGACACCCAGAACAACUACCAGCUGCUGUUUCUGGCAUCCACACGGUGGGCGGCCUUGCGGCUGGAGAUCAUGAUCAACCUGCUGACCUUGGCUGUGGCCUUGUUCUUGGCUUUUGACAUCUCCUCUACCUCACAAUCCUACAGAGCCAUGGCCAUCGGGCUGCUGCUGCAGCUGGCGUCCAACUUCCAGGCCACUGCUCGAAUCGGCUCAGAGACAGAGGCGCACUUCACAGCUAUCGAGAGGAUGCUGAAAUACAUGAAGAUGUGUGUCUCUGAGGCUCCUUUACACGUGGAAGGCACAAGCUGUCCCCCUGGAUGGCCACAGCAGGGACAAAUCACGUUUCAGGACUAUGAGAUGAAAUACAGAGACAACACACCCGUUGUCCUUCAUGGCAUCAACCUGACCAUUCAUGGCCGCGAAGUGGUGGGCAUCGUGGGAAGGACAGGCUCUGGGAAGUCUUCCUUGGGCAUGGCUCUCUUCCGCUUGGUGGAGCCCGCAGCGGGACGGAUCCUCAUUGAUGGCGUAGACAUCUGCAGCAUUGGCCUGGAGGACCUGCGGUCCAAGCUGUCAGUUAUCCCUCAAGAUCCGGUCCUGCUCUCAGGAACCAUCAGGUUCAAUCUGGACCCCUUCGACUGUUACACCGAUGAGCAGAUCUGGGAUGUCUUAGAGCGGACGUUUCUGGCCAAGAUUAUCUCAAGGUUGCCCAGCAGGCUGCAGGCAGAAGUGCUGGAGAACGGUGAGAACUUCUCCGUGGGGCAGAGGCAGCUGCUGUGCAUUGCUCGAGCCCUCCUCCGCAACUCCAAGAUUGUCCUUAUUGAUGAAGCCACAGCCUCCAUUGAUAUGGAGACGGAUGCCCUGAUCCAGUGCACAAUCCGUGAGGCCUUUCAGGGCUGCACAGUGCUGGUCAUCGCCCACCGAAUCACCACCAUCCUGAACUGUGACCGCAUCCUGGUCAUGGACAGCGGGAGGGUGUUGGAGUUUGAUAGGCCCGAGGUCCUGCAGAAGCAGCCUGGGUCAGUUUUUGCAGCCCUCCUGGCCAGAGCCAGUUCUUCACUGAGCUAAGGAAAAGGGAGACUGCCCAGAGGCUGGCGGCCGAGCUCAGAGCGUCAUCAAGGUGCAGCAUUGAGGUCUGCAGUCUGUGACCGUCUCGUCUAGAGAUGGCAACUUCCCCUGGAAGCAGGGCUGACAUGUGGUGAGGGGUUCAGGGAGGGAAAAGGAUAGUGUGGGAGAGAAACCUCCGAUGGGCCAUUUUGUGGCUCCAAAGCCUCAGAACCCCAGCACUGUUUGAGACCACGGGGGUGCAAUGAUCUCACGUCUCCUUCUAACUUAUACUUUGAAUAAUUUAAUGAUCUUGUAAAAGCUUAUUAUAGUGUUCUCAUCUGUGUUAGAAGUGUUACAGGUGAUGUAUC